AUGAACUCGCAAGAGCGGCUACAACGCGCCAUCUCCAUAGCGGCAGAUCCAUUCUCGGAGCCAGAGGUCUACUAUGGCGAUCCAGACGCUGAACGCCACCGGCGGUCGUUCUCAGCGAACUUGAGGCCAGUCAACCGGCAAGAUAUCAAAGAUUUCCUUGGGAAGUUGCCAGCGCGGAGAGGGAGUCAUGAUGAAUUAACCUUGACUUCUCGCAAAUUCCUCAUCGAUGUCGACGAAACGAUUGCAAACCUACUGGAGCGGGAGGAUACCAAUCAGGAUAUGGGUAUCACAAUCGAGAGUGUUGGUCCAAAGGUCCUACCAGUAGGAACAGCCGCCUCUCAAGGGUAUAACAAGAUUGAUAUCCGCGGUACCUACAUGUUGUCCAACCUCCUCCAGGAGCUCACUGUCGCAAGGGAAUACGGCCGCAAGAGAAUUGUGCUUGAUGAACAACGGCUGAGUGAGAAUCCAGUCAACCGUCUAUCUCGGUUUAUCAAAGACAUGUUCUGGAAUGCGUUGACUCGACGGAUUGAUGGGUCCAAUAUUGCUGUUGCUGGUUUGGAUCCGAAGGACUGGACUGGUGAUCCUCGACCUCGUAUAUAUAUCCCCCCGGGAGCACCAGAGCAACUGGAGUAUUACAGACGAGUUGCCGAGGAAAAUCCUGAAAUGGGGCUUGACGUUCAAAUGCUGGAAAGCCAUAUCACCCCUGAAUACGUGAAGGAUUUGAACGCUAAACCUGGUCUCUUAGCUGUGGAUAUGGAGGAAUAUAUCAAUCCAAAAACGGGCAAGAAAGACUUGCGUGGAGUUCCUUUCGUUGUCCCUGGCGGUCGUUUCAAUGAACUGUACGGCUGGGACAGUUACAUGGAGUCUCUGGGGUUGAUUGCCAGCGAUCGGGUAGAUCUAGCCAAGGCCAUGGUAACAAAUUUCUGUUUCUGCAUUAAACACUACGGCAAGAUCCUCAACGCCACGCGCACAUAUUAUCUUUCGCGAUCACAACCCCCUUUCCUCACGGACAUGGCAUUGCGAGUGUACGACAAGAUCAAAUCGGAGCCCGAUGCCCUCGAUUUCUUACGGAAGGCAACGCUUGCAGCAAUCAAAGAGUACUACAGUGUAUGGACAGCAGAGCCACGAUAUGAUCCAGUCACUGGUCUUUCACGAUAUCGCCCCGAGGGUUUAGGGGUCCCGCCCGAAACCGAAGCAACCCAUUUCCUUCAUCUUCUCACGCCCUAUGCUGAGAAGCAUGGUCUUACGUUCGCAGAUUUUGUCAAAGCUUACAACGAUGGGGUUAUCAGCGAGCCUGAACUUGAUGAGUAUUUCCUGCAUGACCGCGCCGUGCGUGAAUCCGGUCAUGACACGUCAUAUCGCCUGGAAAAAGUCUGCGCCAAUAUAGCGACCGUUGACCUCAACUCACUGUUGUACAAAUAUGAAGUUGAUAUCUCACGUACCAUACGUACCUAUUUCCAGGAUAAGUUGGAGAUACCAAAGGAAUUCCGCACUCCGCAAACAGAAAAUAUCGAAUUCGAAACUUCGUCCAUUUGGGACCGUCGGGCGAGGAAAAGAAAAGCUACGAUGGACAAGCUGCUUUGGGAUGAAGAGGCGGGCAUAUACUUCGACUACGAUACGGUCAAACAGAAGCGCUCAUCGUAUGAAAGUGCAACGACAUUCUGGACAAUGUGGGCUGGAUUAGCAACUCCGGAACAGGCUUCGAAGCUCGUCAAGUACGCACUUCCCAAACUGGAGGAAGCCGGAGGUCUUGCAUCCGGUACUGAAAAGUCUCGCGGAGAAAUCAGUCUCACGCGCCCUAAUCGUCAGUGGGACUAUCCUUUUGGAUGGGCACCUCAACAGAUGCUGGCAUGGACAGGUCUUCUGCGUUAUGGAUACCAGGAUGAGGCUGAGAGAUUGACGUAUAAGUGGUUGUACAUGAUUACUAAAGCUUUCGUCGAUUUCAACGGUAUCGUUGUGGAGAAGUACGAUGUCACACGCCCGAUUGACCCUCACAGAGUUGAGGCCGAAUACGGCAACCAGGGCUCAAGCAAGACAGGGUUCGGCUGGGUCAAUGCUAGCUACGUAUAUGGGCUGGAAAUUCUCAGUGCGCAUCAGAGACGCGCCUUAGGAGCAGUCACCCCUUAUGAGACGUUUAGCAAGGCUAUAGAUCAACAAUUACUUUCCUGA